CCGCUCGGCGGCGCCCGGCCGCGGGCCUCCCGGGGCCAGAGCCCGAGGGCCGCCGCGAUGGCCCUCAAGAUGGUCAAGGGCAGCAUCGACCGCAUGUUUGACAAGAACCUGCAAGACCUGGUCCGCGGCAUCCGCAACCACAAGGAGGACGAGGCGAAGUACAUCUCGCAGUGCAUUGACGAGAUCAAGCAGGAGCUGAAGCAGGACAGCAUCGCCGUGAAGGCCAACGCCGUCUGCAAGCUGACCUACUUACAGAUGCUGGGAUACGAUAUCAGCUGGGCCGCCUUCAACAUCAUCGAAGUGAUGAGCGCCUCCAAGUUCACGUUCAAGCGCAUCGGCUACCUCGCGGCUUCCCAGUGCUUCCACGAAGGCACCGACGUCAUCAUGCUGACGACCAAUCAGAUCCGGAAGGACCUGAGCAGCCCCAGCCAGCACGACACUGGAGUUGCACUGACGGGUCUCUCCUGUUUUGUUACCCCAGAUCUUGCCAGAGACUUGGCAAAUGACAUCAUGACCCUGAUGUCGCACACGAAGCCCUACAUCAGGAAGAAGGCCGUGCUGAUCAUGUACAAGGUGUUCCUGAAGCACCCCGAGUCGCUGCGCCCCGCCUUCCCCCGGCUGAAGGAGAAGCUGGAGGACCCCGACCCUGGGGUGCAGUCUGCGGCCGUCAAUGUCAUCUGCGAGCUGGCCCGGCGCAACCCCAAGAACUACCUGUCCCUGGCCCCGCUGUUCUUCAAGUUGAUGACGUCGUCCACCAACAACUGGGUGCUCAUCAAGAUCAUCAAGCUGUUCGGCGCUCUGACCCCGCUGGAGCCGAGGCUGGGCAAGAAGCUGAUCGAGCCCCUCACCAACCUCAUCCACAGCACGUCGGCCAUGUCCCUCCUCUAUGAAUGUGUGAACACUGUGAUCGCAGUGCUCAUCUCCCUGUCCUCGGGCAUGCCCAACCACAGCGCCAGCAUCCAGCUCUGUGUUCAGAAGUUGAGGAUAUUAAUAGAAGACUCUGACCAGAACUUGAAGUACCUGGGGCUGCUGGCCAUGUCCAAGAUCCUGAAGACACACCCCAAGUCCGUGCAGUCCCACAAAGACCUCGUGCUGCAGUGCCUGGACGACAAGGACGAGUCCAUCCGCCUGCGCGCCCUGGACCUGCUCUACGGGAUGGUGUCCAAGAAGAACCUGAUGGAGAUCGUGAAGAAGCUGAUGGCACACGUGGACAAGGCCGAGGGCACCGGCUACCGGGACGAGCUGCUCACCAAGAUCAUCGACAUCUGCAGCCAGUCCAACUACCAGCACAUCACCAACUUCGAGUGGUACAUCAGCAUCCUGGUGGAGCUGACCCGGCUGGAGGGCACGCGCCACGGCCACCUCAUCGCCGCCCAGAUGCUGGACGUGGCCAUCCGCGUGAAGGCCAUCCGCAGGUUUGCCGUGUCGCAGAUGUCCGCGCUGCUCGACAGCGCGCACCUGGUGGCCAGCAGCACGCAGCGGAACGGCAUCUGCGAGGUGCUCUACGCCGCCGCCUGGAUCUGUGGGGAGUUCUCGGAGUGAGUGGGCCUGGGGGUG